UUUGCUUGAGUCAUUUUCUGUUAAGUUAGCUUUACUUUUACUCUGGUCUAGUAUGACAACUGGGUCCUUUUUCCACCGCUGAUAUUUUGUGGGCGUAGCCCAGUCGCAUGUUUUCGCAGCAAAUUAAAUGACGUUGCCGUUUCCAUGUUUUUGUCAAGCUUGGACAGCGCAUUCCUUGAAACUGUGGACCAUAAACGAUCUUUAACUCCAACUUGGCCAGCCAGGUGUUGUACACAGUGUGGUGUGGCGUCAGUGCACCCCAGCCUGGGUGCAAUGUUCCUCAGCUCCACAUGAGCUCUACUAUGUGGUACAUCAUGCAAUCUAUUCAAAGUAAAUAUUCCCUGUCUGAGCGGCUCAUCCGCACCAUUGCUGCCAUUCGCUCUUUCCCACACGACAAUGUGGAGGAUCUUAUUCGAAGGGGAGCUGAUGUGAACCGUAUGCAUGGCACUCUGAAGCCCUUGCACUGUGCCUGUAUGGUGGCGGAUGCCGACUGUGUCGAGUUGUUGUUGGAGAAAGGAGCAGAGGUGAAUGCCCUGGACGGCUACAACCGCACGGCGCUGCACUACGCAGCAGAGAAGGACGAGGGCUGUGUGGAACUGCUCCUAGAGUACGGGGCCCAGCCCAAUGCAUUGGACGGCAACAAGGACACCCCGCUACACUGGGCUGCCUUCAAGGACAACCCUGAGUGCGUCAGGGCUCUGCUGGAGAGCAGUGCCUGCCCCAACGCACGGGACUACAACAAUGACACUCCGUUAAGCUGGGCCGCCAUGAAAGGCAACCUAGAGAGUGUGAGGGUUCUGUUAGAAUACGGAGGCCAGGUCCAUGUUACUAACCUAAAAGGCCAGACACCCAUCUCUCGCCUGGUGGCCCUACUUGCCAGGGGCCUGGGGGCAGAGCAGGAGGAGGAGUGUCUGGAGCUGCUGUAUAAGGCGGCGGGGAGGUUUGAGAUCCGCCGGGCAGAUGGUACCUUACCCAGGGAGCUCAGUAAGGAUCCCCAGCUCCUGGCCAAGCUGACCAGUAUGGUGGCUGAAGCACCAACGCUACGCGCCCUGUCACGGUGUGCUGUCAGACAGAGCCUGGGGGUGAGAUUCCUCCCCACUGCGGUCAAAGAUCUGCCUUUACCAGAGUCGGUCAAAGAGUACUUAUUGCUGAGAGACUGAACUUACAGGGGGUGGGACUAGAGGUGACAGGAUGUGUAAUCACUAUCGAUCGUAUUCAGACUGGAAAUCUGUGCUUAGCUCAAAUUAGCUCAGAGUUGCACGCACCUAUCUCACCUAUUUAACAGUUUUGAUGCAUAUAUUCUGACAACGUUUCUCCUUAAUGAGGAAUGAUGUUGAUUCUAGAUAGUAUGAGGUGUUGUAGGCAGUCCAAAAGGUCACACUGAGAUGAGGAAGUACUUAGUUCUUAUGUGGUUGUAGUGUGUGUAAAAUUUGAGUGAUUCGCUUUUUCUCAGUGCUUCCCUCUCCGUCAGUGGGUCUGCAGAAUCAGCCUUGCAAUCCCAAAAAACAUAGUGUAAAAUAUGGAAUUGCAUUUCAUUCAAUGUUGCAUUUCAUAAUAACUGAGUAUAAUCACUCUUCAUGUUACAAAAUAAUAAAAAAUUGUAGAUUACAUAAUUAAAAUCACUAAUAUAUUAUAGAGAUAAAUGUGCCAGGUAAUGUUGUUACAUAAUGUUGAUUAACAGAUAUGUGACUGUUAUACAAAAUCUGUAUCAUAUAGAACUUCCUGGCAGGAUUGGGGUCAAUUCUGAAUUAAGUUGCGAGUUGGUCUUUAAUUCCAUUCUUGAAUUUGAAUUGGCCACACCCCACAGGAAGCAGAAUUUGAAUUAAAUUAAGUAUAAUGUCUAUAAUAAUUCACAUUCACUUACAUGUUAUUAGAUAAAAUAAAAAUGUUUUCCAGAAUGCAUUAGCUCAACCACUCAGAACAUCUCAUGACAAAAAUACAAACAUCUGUGAGUUAUAAUAAUAAAUUAAAUAAUAAAGCAAAUAUUUGAAAUGGUAUCUAUUCUUCAGUAAGAGGUGGCAGAUGCUUCUGGCAAAAUAUUUAUCAAAGGAAUGAGAAGUUUGAAUUGGUUUUAAUUAAAUUCUACUUUAAUUCUGUCGAGUGUGGCGAAUUCGGAUUUCAAUUCGUGGGUUGAAUUUAAUUAAAUUCAGAAAUUCUGAAUUGACCCCAACCCUGCUACCUUGGCUAAAUAUAUGGAUAUGCCAGCCUGUCAAAUUUAUAAGUGUGAAAAUGUGAUUUGCUAUUUGUGUUAGCUAUACAUGUUUUUGGAUGGAAAAGGUACAGCUUACGUUGGCUUAUUUUAGUUGAAGUAUGCUGAUGUACAGCCAGCUAUUGAAGAAUACAUAGAUAUUUUGUUUUCUGUAGAGACUAGGUAAACUUUUAUUUUGUAAUUUUUACAUCAGGAUUUUCCAUGGUGCUUUUUUUUGGUCCAAAACUUUGUGCACAACAGAUUUAAAUGUGACCAUAAACAAUGUAACCAGCAAACCACAUAAAGGUCUUUUUCAAAAUUGUUUAUUUUAGGCAAAAGCUUUCAGUAAUAGUAGAAAUUGUCAUAGUGGCAUGAAUUUGGAUGUUUUUUUUAUUGUAUUUAAAAUAUAUAAACCAUAGAAGCUUUGACCAAUGUACUUUAGUUUGUAGUGAAACUCAAGUGACACAUUUUUGACAGUAGUUUAAUGUGCUUGUUUCUGUUUGCUUGUUUGCCAGGUGUGUACAUGCAUAACAUUGAUAGUUAAUUUGGUUCUCUUAGACACCAAUGUAAACCUACAAAGUGCAUUUUUCUGUUAAAUAAUGAAAAAAAAGUAAAUGCCUUCCCUUAUACUAUG